CGUUUCAAAUGGUAUGAUUGAUAUUUUAUUCGCACCUGCAGAAAUAUGGAUGGUCAAAAAAGAUGCAUGAUCCGGCUGUGUACUGCCGCAAUCUUUUCUUCUUGAGCUCUUCGUGCAAAAGCUUGUUAGCUUCUACUGUUUUGUAAAAGUCUGCUCGUGGCUGGAGAAUCAGAGGAGGAAUUAAGGGUUGGAUAUAAGCAUGGCUACUCACCAGCAUACCUACGGGCCAUCAUGUCUACUCUCUGGUCCUACUCAUCAGGCGGCCAAAGGGAGUUUCGGAUCUCCAGAGUCACCGCCUGCUGUCCGGGCACAAUUUUUCUAUACUUCUCCUCUCCCGAUUGAUGACCCACUUUCGCCAGUUCCCUCUCCGUCAGGUACUAGUACUGCCACAUAUGCGCCAAGGCCAUAUUCAGCUUAUGAUAACAAAGCCCUGGAGGAGAAAUGGGCCGAACUUCUUCAAAACUCCCAAAAUGAACCGGGGCCGUCCAGGAGGGACACGGCAAGUCGAGGAGGUCGACGAAGAAGCAGUCUUUUAUCCAAUCCACCAUCAAGACCUGGUGCCGAAGGCCGAAUUUAUGAAGGCGCCAGUCGACCAGGCAGCAGUCAGAACCAGGGUACCCAGGUUCCGAAUGCAUUUCAGGACUUCGCAGUCGAAGCUCCUGAUAGCGGUUAUCGGCGUGCAAGCCUCCCUCAACCGGAGCGGCGAGAAAAUGCAAUGGCAAUCAAAGGCAAGGGUAGGCAAAGCCUUGAUGGGAAUGGAAUGGCGCAAUCGGCUCCCAAUUCUGUACAGGAGAAUGCAUUGGACACGUCGAUACCGCCGCCUGAGUUGAUACAUGCUGCAAACCUCCUCGAGAAGGACACCACCGGAACGCCCUUUCUAAGAGCUCCGAGUCGAAAUGAGAUACCGCGUUAUAUUCCACCUGGCGGCCGCAAGGCCAGUAGAAGCAUCAACAAUGACGGUCAUUUCACUCAAUUCGCUCCGACGUCGCAAUUCGACUUAUCGGGACAUUCCAGAUCACAGAGUCUACCCAAUCGACCUCGCUCUCAGUCGAAAUCUGAGUCGGAAAAGGCUGAGCAAGCCCAUGUUCUGGUUGGUGUUUCACGGCUUCAUGUUGUAGUGAUGCCCGAAUUCAAGAUGAAACCUAUAUAUUGGUCACCGGUGCAUGAUGUUUCUUCAGUGAUAAGAGGAACUUGGUUUUACCGGGAUAUGACUCCUGUUGAACCGGAAGUUGCAAAUCAGCUUGAGGCAGGCUAUAUCGAAUUAAAACCCUGGACCGAAACUUGGAACGAUGAAUUAAACAGCGCACUAGAGGUUGGGCCUGAAGGUGAAGCCAAGAUUGUUCAUCGAUUGUGGCCAAGAGACGAGACCGCCCCGAGCAGACCGGGAACGGCGGGCUCGGAAACUCGUCAUGGCCCGUCGUCUGAUGCUAGCAAUAUCCUCCAGUCGAGCUCAGCGGAUGCCCCGGAUUCCCUUCUCGCCAUUGCCGGCCAAGGUGAGCAUGAGACGGAGAAGCCCGGCCCAAAACCUGAGGCGACGAAACUGUACCCAAACUCCAGCGUGAUAUACGCAAACGCAAGACAAGCUUUCAUCCUUCGUCCGAGUCAACUGCCUUCUGCCUAUUAUGGCAGGAAACCGUUAAAUACGAUCAGACGAAAGGGUAGCUCGGUCGGGAUACCAGUUCUAAGAGGAUUUGACUGGGCAUCCUGGGAGAAGUACCAUCCUUCAAAAAGUAAAGCCAGAACCACGCGAGCUUAUGAAGGCGCUGCUCAGACACAUGCGGAGGGUGCUACUCCACAAAACCUUUGCGCUGCUUGCUUAGCGCUAGAACGACGGCCACCGGUCACUGACCUGGUACUCGUCAUCCAUGGAAUCGGUCAAAAGCUCUCUGAGCGUGUAGAGAGUUUUCAUUUUACUCACGCCAUUAAUGCGUUUCGUCGAGAGGUAAAUGUCGAGUUAGGCACCGACGAUCCUGCCACCCAUCAUCAUUUGCGCCAGGAAAUGGGGGGUAUUAUGCUAUUACCUGUAAAUUGGCGGUCGACGGUGUCUUUUGAAGACGAAGAACCCGGACAAACAAUGGAGGAGAGCGCCAUCGACAACGAAUUUUCUCUCAAGGACAUUACUCCGGAAACGAUUCCAGCUGUGCGAAAUCUCAUCAGCGACGUCAUGCUCGAUAUUCCAUACUACCUCUCUCAUCAUAAGUCGAAAAUGAUUGAAGCGGUAGUCAAGGAAGCCAACCGGGUCUACCGGCUCUGGUGCAAGAACAACCCAGGUUUUGAGCAGACUGGUAGAGUUCAUAUAAUUGCACAUUCCCUGGGAAGUGCCAUGUGCCUAGAUAUUCUGAGCCGGCAGCCGACGAGUGUUCCGAGUGCAGCUCGAACCCCACAAUCCCUAACACCAAGCUCACGGCAUUUUGAAUUUGAUACCAAGAAUUUGUUCUUCUGUGGUAGCCCUGCAGGCUUUUUCCUUCUAUUGAACAAAGCAAAACUACUCCCGCGCAAGGGUCGAAAUAAGCCUGGAGCUGACGGUGAAGAUAUUGGGAGGGGCAUUGCCGGUGAAGCAGGUACUUUUGGUUGCUUGGCUAUCGACAACAUCUACAAUGUCCUCAACUACAACGACCCGAUCGCAUAUCGUCUCAACGCCACUGUCGAUGUUGACUAUUCUGAUUCAUUGAGACCGGGAGUGGUUCCUAGCGCCAGAGCCGGUUGGAUGUCUAGCCUGGGAAGUGUAUUUAAGGGCGUGAAUCCGGGCUCGGCCGCCGCUGCCGCCGCAGGCACAAAACCUCCAAUGGCACGUUUUCCAUCCACGAUUGAGAUGGAAACACAUAAUUUCAGUCGCGAAGAAAUCGCCGAGAAGAAGUUUCUGCUUCUUAAUGACAACCGGCAAAUUGACUAUUACCUGCGUUACGGCGGUGGACCAUUGGAAAUUCAGUACCUUAACAUGUUGGGAGCGCACAGCAGCUACUGGGUGUCUCGGGACUUUGUGCGAUUCCUAGUCAUGGAGAUUGGGAGGGCUCCCGGACAGGAGAACACCAUCCCAAGUAUGCGGGCCAUCAAGAAGACUUUUCGACAGUGACAGGUAUGCGAGGAUGGUGGGAUGCGGAUUCUGAGGCAUUUGAAGCGACGUGAUACCCGUGUGCGUAAUGUAUAUAUAUAUAUAUUAUAUUGCUCCUUUUACACUAGACAUAACUACUCGGUUCGAUUGAUGAUGG